AACAGACAUUUGCUUACUGUAUAGAAACAAACUUGUAAUAGACAAACUAUCCAAAUAUUGUGUUAUUUUUAUUGAAAAAUUGCAAGUUAAAUAUUCAAGCAUAAUAAUGGCCCAAAAACAAAUUGGCAAAGGGGAGGUGAUCAGUCAAGUGAGGCAACAGAUUGCCGUGGCGAAUGCCCAGGAGAUGCUCUCUAAGAUGACCGAGAAGUGCUUCAAAAAGUGCAUCUAUAAGCCGGGAAAAGCAUUGGAUGGCACCGAGCAGCGUUGUAUUACCCAGUGUAUGGAUCGUUUUUUGGACACAUGGAACCUCGUCUCCCGCACCUAUGGCAGUCGCUUGGAACGUGAGCAUCUGAACUCAAUGCGCAGUGAGAAUGCGUUAAACUGAAACAAAAUUUACCUGUAAUAAAGGAGAUUUUAUUCUCUGUGUCUUUUAACGUAA